GCUGACCAGGGGGGAAUGUGCUGACCCAAAAGACACCAAACGUGGAACCGUCCGGGUCCGGCCUACCAGGCGCCGUGGAGACGACUGCUCUCCGGUGCCGACUUCUGAAAAUCACAGCGGACACCUGCAACCCUACCGCCAUCCACGACUCUCACUGCCUCUUGAGCAUCAAAGCAGGGCAGCAUCCAAGAUGGCAGAGCACGCAAGCAACCCCACUACUGAGGCCUACCUAGCAGCCUCUCAAGCACGACUGAAUCUAAUAUUUGAAAAGUUUUGGGCACUGCAGGAGGCACUGCAGGAGGUCACACCAAGACACAACCGUCACAUAGCUGAGCCCGCGAAACCGUGGACCUACCUGCAUGAUCCCGCCAAGCACCUCAAGCCACCAAGCGCACAGAAGAACCGCUGGCCCAGCAAGAAGCAGCUGCAAUUGUAG